AUGCCGAUCAUUCCAGGCGCACUUCCGAAAUACAGCACGGAUCCGGACGAGGCGUCCCCAUCCACUGCCAGAGAUCUGAAGGCCCUGGCAACGGAUCCGGCUGCCCGGAGAGACCUGCAGCUCACUGAUGGGAGCCCUGGGGGGAGCAACAAGUCCAGGAACUCCGACAUGCGGCGCCGCACCACUAGCAAAGGCAAGGUUCAAGUUGCCGUUCCGCGCUUGUCGCUAGCCGUACCGGACAACGAGAUCGCUGGGCUUCCCGGAGUCAGGGAGUCUCACGUCAAGCAAGCUUUCCAGCAGAUGGAUUUUGACGGGAAUGGCUUCGUGGGGGUCAGCGAGUUGCGAUACCUCUUGACUGUCAUUGGAGAGGAGCCAACUGACAACGAGUUGGAUGAAAUGCUCUCCAUGCUGGGAGGGGAAGGAGAUGGUCAAGUUGCGUACGAGGACUUCCGAACUUUGUUCGCGCCGACGAGCGCCGUGAUGGCAGAGCUGCUCUCGAUGGCUCCCCAGGAGGAAGAGGAGGAAGCCCAAGAUAGCACGGCCGACGUACAAGAUGAGGAGCCGGAUGAGAUUCCGAGGUUGGAAGCCCCUGCUCAACAGUUGGGCUUGCUGAAAGUCAUGCAGGCCAGAAUCAAGAAGGAGGCGGAUGGCAAGAGGAAGGCGCAGCGGGCCAUGGGAGGAGGACCCAUGGGAGCCAUGGGCACAGGCCUCCCCGGAAUGCCAAACCAAACAGGGCAGCCGGCCCCUGCCGUGGAUCCGCUCUUGCAGAGCACCGCGCAGAAGUUCACGGCCAAUGCGCCCCCGAAGCACUUGACCUUCAUGGAGUAUCAGGAGAUGAAGUUGGAGCACGAAGUCCAGGAGAAGCUAAGAAGAGACGCAGAAUCUGACAGCGACUGA